UAUUGUGUGAUAACAAUAUAGAGUAGUAUGUACGUGGUGUGACCCAAAGUUCACAGCAUGCUUCUUAUUAACAACGCAAUUCACUUCUUAUCAGACCAAGUUUUUCAUUGAGGCAUUGCCCUAUAAUGUUUACUUUAUUACAAAUCUAGUUUUAAAACCAAAACGUGCGUUCAAACAAUUCUGAAAACAGGAUGGAAGUUAAUUGUGUACGUACAAAAGGAAGAUUCAGAUAUCUAUGUGAAAACUCCUUCAACUGCUAACAAACAGUUUUCUUGUAAAUUGAUAUUACGUUGAAGAUCUGUGUAGAUGAAUGCAGUGGUCUAGACCCCAUAUCAUAAAAUUAUGUCAUGCUUAAAUUAUUGUCAAAAUAAGAAAUUUUAAGUGUGUGUCCGAAUUUCUGAGCUGAUCUCCAAGAAGUUAUGAGAAAAUAUACUACUUUAAAAAACUUUUAAACUGAUUAUUGUGCUUUGAAGAAAGUGUUGUAAUAUAAAAUAAUUUACUGUCAAUUUUAUUGACAGAGAUAAACUGUCAUUAGUUUCAAAAUGUCCUAGGUCUCAGAGGAUUAAACUACUGUAAAUAAAUUUGAUAUAAUUAAUCUUUAGAUUUUUCCUCAUUCCGUAUUAUUUUAUCAAAAUAUAUGUGCCCUGUAAAUACUCUUAUACUAUUAUAGACCUUAAAUUUAAACAAACAUAAAAUUUACUCGUUACAAUUGUGUAAUAUAAUUGAUACAUUUCUAACCAUAUCGCACUUAUUGCAUGUUAUAGGGGAUAACUAAUUUGCUAUAAGUAAAUAAAUAAGUUUACAAAACUGUAAUUAAAUUUAAGAGACAUGGUUUUAUAAUUAAAUGUGCAUUGUAAAUGAUUAAGCUGCUAAAUGUCCCCUCAUGGUAUGACUUAUAAUAGCUAAUUUAAGUACAUAUGAUAAAUACAUUUGUCAUGAAAAUGAUGCUGCAUCUCCGCAGUUCUCACGAUCAUUACACAUUCUCAGUAAUUGUGCUGCUGUAGUUUUAUGUUUGGAUGACUCACUGAUAUGUAAUCUAAUCUUUAGCCAUGGCUAGGCUUUCAGUCUGUUCCUGUUAGUUUGUUUCUUACACACACACCAUUAUGCCACUUCCAUUGUUCUCACUUCACUUCUGUUACUGUUCAUCAGUCACUGUUUAUAGAUAAAGUGUGGGUGAAAUUGUGAACAGGAAUUUGUAUUAUAGAGACUGUGGAGUAGUAAGUUUUUGUAAAAUUCUGGAAAAUUUAAAUACAGUAUGUACUGUAUUUACUUCCUUAUUUUAAACAUUGGAGUAUUUCUGAAACUAUAAUAAAAUUGUUAAUGAAGUAAUAAGAUUCUACAAAAUUACUGUUCAUGGUGGUGGCUCUUGUAUCAUUUUAAAACUUUAAAAAUAUGCAUUUUAAAACAUAACAUGUGUGUAACAUUUAUACUUUUUAGACGUAUCUGACUGUAAAUAGAAUUGCCUAACAAAUUAAAUUUAACUUGACGUUUAAUGAUUAAGAAGGGAAGUGCAUUUUGAAGGGGUGGGACACUACCUACAGAAAUGGGGGAACCUGACUGCUGGGUUUUCAUCCAGGGACUGAGCUGGCUGCAGCCCUCUCUGGCAGCUUCCCCAACCUUUGUCUCAGAGUCUGGAGGCAGGGACAAGGCUGCCACUUGGAUAUACAAAAGCUUGGAAAGUCACACACUGUCCCAGAAGUUGGCGUGGCUGUUGUCGGACAAGGAACACUUGACCAACUGUUUCGAAUCCACAGCGUUCCUGUGUCAGCCCCAGUACAGCGAAGCUGUGCUCAUAUGUUUGAGGGCCGUUGAAGAAAACCAACUGUCUCUAUUAACAGACAUUGAUCCGAGCCUGUUCCUGUCCAAGUGGAAGGCUCACAGACGCUGCUCGUCAUUUCCGGAUGCGAUGCAAAGGCUGCCCAAGCCACGCAUAAAAUUAACUCCUCCACCAGACACCGAGUUGGCAGCUAUCUCAUCCCCCAUCUAUAAUUCCCCUGGAACCGCUGUUACUGCUGAGUCGACCCUCUCUGCCACCAACACACCCUUACCAUUGCUUCGCACUUGGCGAAGUCUACCUUCUCUACUGGACAACGUUACUACUGCCGACAGCAGCAGGCCCCAGCCACCAAAAAGUGCUCCACUCUCCAGAAGACCUUGUACUCUCCCCUCAUCACCGGCCAUUCAUCCUGUCCAGUCCCAGCCCAACAUGAGAGAGCAGAAGGCCAUUUCACCAGCCAUGCUCAAAAUAGACUACAAACAGUUACAAAAGGACACACAUGUUACGAAAGGCAUCCUGAAGAACAAAAACAACAAAACCGGUGGUGCAAAUGAACUUAUUGUUUUGAAAGAUGUUUCAAAAACAGAACCGAUCAUGAUCAACAGUAAAAGGCAUCAGAGAAAUGAUCUUAAUGUUUCUACCACGAGUAGUAAUGGAAGCUCGGAUGUGUUGGAGAGCAAGAGACUAUCGAGAAGAGUGCACGAGAUAUCGAACAGUAUAUAUGAAGAAACUGACAGUUCUUACCUGGACACUUCCUCGCUGAGGAGUUUUCAGCGGAGAGUGAGACUGAAGUCGAGCGGGGUAAAGUGUGGCAUCAAGAAUGCCAGGAAGAAGAGUUUCAUGGAAUCUGGUGGGAAGAGUGUUCAGCCAAUGUCCACUGGAUUCUUCCCACGGCCGACGCAAGGUCAGAGCUUGGCCAGCUUCCUGUCGUCCGGGCAGUUCGCCGGAGCCACCGCUGAGCUUGACAGAGAGAAUGCUCACUUCGCCAUAUCUGAAGCCAUGAUAGCAGCUAUUGAACAGGUUAAAUUCAACAUGUGGACGAAGGCUACAGAAGAUACAAUAGAAGAGAGUGACGAGGAGAUCAACCGGCUGAAGCAGAGGAUACGAUUGAGGAGGCGACAAAAACAAGAGGAGAAACGACACUCUAUCUUGCAGCUUUCCUUGCUGAGCGAUGGCGUAACAGACACCACAACGACUGAGAGUGUGUCACCUCUGUCCUCUUCCCCAGGAGGCUCUUCUGGAAGCAUCUCUACGGAAGGUGUGGAUGAUCUGGAGAUAGACGAUAACAACUCAUCAAACCUCACCAGGCUGUCUCAGUCAGGCCUGUCACUGUCACUGGCUUCACUGUUCUCGGAGGCAGAACUGAGCCGCCCCCCAGGUGGCAGUGGGGGUGCAGGUGGGGGGACGGACCUGGUAAUGUCGGCGGAGGGAGUGGCACUAGCAUUGCUGCGGCGGUUCAGUGACAAACAGCUGCCUCGGGCCUCCGAAAUCCAGUGGCUUGUGUCAGAACAGGAGGCUUGUGGCCAGAGGUUGCUGCCGCUGCCCAGCAGUUGGCCCGUAAGCCCAGAUGAGGCUGAAGACCAGGAUAUGAGACAGGCUACCUCCCUGCGAGGCACUGUGGAGUGGGCGCCUCCCCGACCACAGAUCAUCUUCACCCCACACCCUGCUCCUGACCGCCGCAAACUGAUGUCCAAGCAGAACUACCGCUGCGCAGGCUGUGGCAUGCAGGUGGCUCAGCAGUAUGCCAACAAGUUCCGCUAUUGCGAAUAUCUCGGCCGCUACUUCUGCACAGGCUGCCAUACCAACCAGCUGGCCAUUAUCCCAGGUCGUGUCAUCCAAAAGUGGGAUUUCACCAGAUGUGCAGUUUCUAUUUUCUGUUACCGGUUACUAGACCAAAUGGCCAGUGAUCCUCUUUUUAACAUCAAUGACCUAAACGCCAAUCUCUAUCACAAGAUAAAGGUCCUGGACAAGACCAGAGUGUACCGCCUUCAGCUCCACUAUCUCAAGGAUUUUCUUACUACUUGCAGAUUUGCUAUCGAGCAAGAAACAGGUUUGCAGGAGUUCUUAAAGACCACCCCACCUUAUUUCCUGGCAGAACCUCACGUGUACUCGUUGCAGGACCUUGUUCAGGUAAAGAUGGGAGAGCUGAGCGAGAAACUCAAGGAUCUGGUCCAGGCUGCCCUAGCCCACGUCAAGGACUGUGUGCUAUGUCAGGGGCGUGGAUUCAUGUGUGAGGAGUGCAAGAAGUCCGAGGUGAUCUUCCCUUGGCAACUGACCAAAGUCCACCGAUGUCCAAACUGCGGAAACUGCUUCCACCUGAGCUGCUAUACACCAAAGACGCAGUGUGGCCGUUGUAGCCGACUGCACACAAGGCGCAAGAACUCCAUAAUGACCGUUGAUUGACUACUUCCCUAUUAAAAAAGUCAUAAUUUCUGAAGUGGUGACAUUGUUUUCACCUCAAGGAAAACACGCUAUUGAGUUAUCCAUCAUCAAGCGAUGCAAGUUUAUAAAUUUAAGGAUAAUCAAAAUUCGUUACGAAUAGUCAUUAUUAUUAAGUCAAGUGAAUUUGUAAUUAGUCUGACUGACCUUCAUAAUUAAAGGUCAUUUAUUUAGUCUCCUUUCACACAGAUUGUUCUAUAGCUUGUCACGAAAUAACUAUACACAUCAAGACACCUAAAGUUCGACUGAUACUCUAGAUUAUAUAGAACUGCACAAGUUAGUGACUAGUUUUGUAGUCAUGCAUAUUUUUUUACAGUUUGUAUUAGGAAAUCUUUGACUUUAUUCAGUCUGUUGUUAGUCUGUGAUGGCGUUAUCAGUAAGUAAAGCUGUAAAGUUAUACUCACCCUGUUAAAUGGGUUGGGCAAUGUGUGAACAUUGAACGGAAGCUGUGAACCCCGUCCUGAAACCGUACAAUCAAAUGGUGCUCCUCGUACUGCCACUUAUACUUGAGCAGGUCAUAUACAGGUCUUUCUUAGUGUUAAGUUUGUAGCCUAUAUUAGGCAAUGUGAUUUCAUAGAUUUUAAAACCAAAAUGUAUUGAAUAGCCCUUAAGUCAAGAAUUAACCAACGUAUAUUGAAGUCAAUUUUCUUCACUUAUUUCUUGUCAGUUUUGUUUGUUUGGUUAUUAGAAGUUAUAAUAUUCUAAUCCUGUGAUCAAAGCAGCUCAUAUUGACUUAUACACACUCGGUGACACUUCAUUGUUACUGUCUAAUCUAAUAUAAUAAUAAAUUUGGAAAAUGCAGGA